CAAAAUGGUGGACUAAAAAUUCACCAAAAAGGCAGCUUUUGCCCUUUCACUCGGUGAAAUAUAUUCCCAGAAGAAGAAUCGAUGUGUUCUUAUGUAAUACUUAUAACUAAAAACACAUUCGGUCAUGUUGGAGUCAUAUAUAACCCCGCUUCUUAUGAGCUAUGUUGAUAAAUACAUUAAGAAUUUGAAACCAAGUGACUUGAACUUAUCUCUUUGGGGUGGCGACGUGUCGCUGACAAAUUUGGAGCUAAAUCUUCAUGCUCUUGAGAAGGAACUCAACUUUCCUGUUACUUUUUUGAGUGGGAAAAUUCAUGAACUUCAUAUUCAUGUCCCAUGGACAAAACUCUACUAUGAACCUGCUGUCAUCACUAUAAAUACCAUAGAAUGUGUAUUAAAGCUGAGAGAAAACAACUUUAGUCCUGAAGGGGUUGAAGAAUCCACAGAAGUUCAACAAGCAGAUAUUAAACCAACAUCAAAUUCAGGUGAUCUGCCAACAGAAAAUGAGAAAACUCUUCCCCCAGGAUACGUACAAAGUCUAUUGAACAAAGUUGUGUACAAUUUAACAGUUAAAGUUAACAAUUUUAUAUUGAAGUAUGUUGAAGAUGAUAUAGUACUAUCUCUUAAUGUGAAAUCAGCAGAAUUUCACAGUGCAAAUGAGAGUUGGGAGAGGGCAUUUGUGGAUGUAGCUGCUCCUGACUGGAUACUUCAUAAAAUGUGCAAUAUAUCGGAUCUUACUGUAUGCUUGGACAGGCGGAACGCUGGUGGGAUUAUUGAAAUGUACCAGGAUCCUUUGGCGUACAAAUGUAACCUGUCUUGCCGGAUGCAAGUUUAUUAUGACAAAGAAGGUUUUCAUUUACCACUUGAAAAGAAUUUAAGUGUUUACUGUGAAUGUUUGGAGGUCUCCAUAACAGAUCAACAAUUACCACUGCUUUUAAGAUUACUUAAACUAGGACUGAGUUUAUAUUAUGGAACUCUUGAUUUACCUGGCUGUGAGCCUACCUCUCAUCCUGCGAAAGAUUUAUUCAAUGAAAAAAGCAAAUAUACCAGUUCUAACAUCAUGGGUCAGAUUCCUACCACCAUUGUGCCAGCAAGUGAUGCUGAACUAUCAGAAACUGGCUGGUUAUCAUGGGCUUAUUCUAUGGUACCAGGUUUAAGUGGUGACCAGAAAACACCAGAUGCGUCACUGGAUUCACUUGUAACAAGGCUAGGUGUCUACAUUUCUCAGGCUACUCUAAGCUUCAAGAUUACUGAGCCAGUGAGUGAUGGAAAUUUCCUUGCUGCUCAAAGGUUUGUUUUUAAGCCCAUCCUAACACUUGAGGCAGCUGGUGUUGCACAAGAGAUGACCACAAGAGGAAACACAUUCUUUGAUUUUCAAAUUGGUGUGACAUCAGUGAUGGCGUGGUUGGUUGAUAUGUGUAUUUGUAAGAAUCAGCAACACAUUGAUGAUGACAAUGAUGAUGGAAUUGUGAAGGAACCUGAGGAGGAGUUAUUUUUAAAGGUUGGUGGUAGAGAUACGGGCAAAAACGAUGGAAUCGCUUUUCUUAAAGGUUCAUUAUUUGACGUUGAUCCCGACUCAAAAGAGAAACAACCAAUGCUAUCAGAAGACGCUCAAGAAUUUCUCCGGAGAAACACUGAGGCGAAUAUUUUGUCGAGAUUUGGGGCGAUGUUUUUUGAAUAUUUGUAUACGAUGAAUAUAAAAAGUAAUGAAGAAAACGCGUACUAUGAGACGACAACCGUGGUAGAGGAAGAAUCACAUCAGCGGAUUAUUGUAGGAGCAUCGUCGUUAGAAAUAACCAGAGGUGUUGUUCAUAGAAUGGAAGCGAUUAUGAAAUUAGCUGAAGACGACGCGAAUUCAAGAAAAGAAAAAGAUGAAAUAUUCUACGAUGACUUUGUUGUGGCUCAGUUGCUUUCCAGCAACGUAUCACAGCGCAAUAUCCACGCAACCAUCCUGGAAUCUAGUCUCAUUAUAAAGAUGGCAGAUCAUGAGAAAUCUGUGCAGGUGCAGAAUGAACCAAUGCAGUCAUCUGAGGGAAUACUUAGUGAAAUACAAGAAGAAGAAAAACAGGCAAACGCAAGUCAUUCAUCUGUCACAACUGGUUGUGUGUUUCAAGUUGAGAGAUUAGACUUACAAAAGAGUUCUCCAAUGUUUCCUAAGGAGAUGGUUAAACUAAUAAAGGAGAAAAAAGGAAAUAAAUCUUUACUUCAACAUGCUCAUAAUAAUAUGUUUGUCAAGGUUUUUGGAUUUCAAGUUGGUGUUUCUAAACAUGACUUUGACGUCGAAGAUCCAAUGAUGUUAAAUAUUCUUCCAGCAUGCAACAUGUCGCUUUAUGCAAAACAAAGUUUGGUUUCCAGAAAACCUGAUGGUAUGAACGAUAUUGAGGCUAGGUUUGAGCUGGCGUCAUUGUCUGUAAAUAUUACUAAGCCUCAGUUUGUGUUGUUGCAAAAUAUUUACCAGUCAUGGACUGAGAGUGUCGUACCAAUACAGAACAUCAACAUCUCAUCACGAAGUUCUCUCAUACAAGAUGUCUUCCAUCCUUCAGCAAAACAAGGUGGUAAGAUCCCAGUGUUGAUCGAAGCAUUUGUUCAAGACAUCAAAAUUCAUUUGCACGCGACUUCAGAGGAAGUCUCAUCAUCUGGCUCUGUGGGCUCAAUAAAGGCUACGGUUAUGAGUUUAUGUGAUAAAACGACAGAGAAUACACCGAUAUUAUACGGUCCACUAAUCACCGCAGAUCUUUACAAUGGAGAGUGUUUUAAAACUCGGGAAGAUAAAAGUUUUCGAAUGGAAACACUCGAACCAUGGUUGGCAUUUACCUUCAAGAUGCCACUGAUUAGUGAAGAAGGAAAUGUCGAAGAAAUUCGUCUCCAAAGAAGUGGUGCAGUGUUACUAAAAUGCAACGGUACUGCUGUCAACUUGGAUCCUGUGUUGUUCACAUGGCUCGCCUAUUAUCCACGGAUUCCACCUACUGCUGAUGGUUCAUCGCGAAACACGAAGUUGAGGAAAGCCGUCAGUCGCACAAGAUCUAUGUCAGCGGUUACACCUAGAAAGAAAAGCUACGCAAGAGGCAAUAUAUCUCCUUCACAUACAAACAAGAAGAAAAAAAGAUAUUCUCAACAACGAAAGCGCAAGGAGAGUGUUCAGGAGACCUUAGGUCAAGAUUUUGAUGGUUGGGUCUGGGAGAAACUACCUUUACUGGCGUCUGUUGUUAUUCAGGUCGAUGUUGAAAGUAUCGUUUUCUUUGCGCCAUCAACACACCUUGUAUACGAUGAUCUUCCAACCGAAUACUACGAUAUUCCAAGCAACUUCAUUCAUCAUUUACACAAACAUAAUUCAAACUCCCAGCCACUUUCCGGAGUAGUGCUUAGUCUUCCAACGUUAAAAAUCCGCAGCUCUGGUCACCAGGACCUCGCUAUUUGCCACGAUAUAUUACGUCAUCCGCUAACCCUUCCUCCACGCAACAAACGCGAAACGUUGCCUUGGAUUCUAACCGCUGAUCAUGCGUCCGUUUUUACAGUAAGGAUAGGAGGGGAUAAGAAAGACAAUGAGGUGUACUUCGUUCUUAAUCCCAUGUGUUGUAGAGCAAUGCUGGCCUCAGCCAAAACUUCACAUUCUGGAAACGUAAUUCAAAGUGAAACUAAGGCCACGUUGGAUUUUGUCCUGCACACAGAUUUCAAUCCCUUGAUCAUCAAUUGCUCAAAAAAACAGGUUGAUCUGCUGUUUCAAAUAUAUUCCAACGCAGUCCAGUUGACAUCUUCCGUCAGUGCUGAUAAUGAACGUCAAGAGAAUGAGUCAAUAUUUCCUACAAGGUCAAUAUCUAAUACUCUGACCGCGACAGGUCGCAGUGCAAGGCGUACUGCCUCAAUUACAUCAUCUUCGGGAUUUGACGUAGUCGACGACGAAUCGGUGUCUUCCGAAAGUACUCCAAAGCCAAUCGCAAGCUCAUUCGAAACAGACAAGGUAUCACCAUCGCUUGUCCAUGUAUCACUGUGGGUUCAGUGGACACUGCCGAAGCUAUCGUGUAAUAUAUUUGGCAGUGAUAAUUCAAAUGGCACAGAUUUACGCAUCACAACAGAGCUGGAAGACUGGUCAGCCUCGUUUGAUUAUCAAAACGGCCGUUUUCAAGCCCAAUGUAAAGUUGGAAACCUCAGCAUCACGCAUUAUGAGAUUGGGUCAUCUGGUCAAUGGAUCCCAGGUCCCGGUGGUGGCACUAUCCUAGCUCGCCAAGACUCUCUCUCCAGUUCCCUAUCGAAAGUUCAGGACAGCGAUGGUAAUAACUCGGACGCAGGCCAUCACGGUUUUCUGUACGCCGAAUACACUGCCUCUUCUGUGGCUGUCCCAUCAAGCAAAGCGACGACAGAACAUGAUGACGUCUUUCAAAAUUCGUUCAGCUUCUCCCAGGAUGUUCACGUGACUAUACAGCAAUUUGAUUUUAUCCUAUGGUGUCCAUUAUUGUACACAGUCACCAAUGUGUUUAGCAUUUGUAACUCGCUUCAAACCGUUCCUGUUAGUAAAUACGAAAUGUUUGAGGAGUCCCUGCUUGACCCUAGCCUAGUAAGGCAUCAACGUCUCACCAAUUUGCCUGAAAUUAACCUGAAACUGAGAGGAUUUCGAGUCGUUGUCCCAUCAUGCGUAGGGUCAUCCAAUCGUAUGGAUGGACAUAGCAACCAAAGUGUUUUAGACAAUUCAGAUUUAUUUACAAUUCAAGCUUCGUCGCUUCUUAUUUCCUCGCUUAUCGACAAUCCGAUAUCUCCUCUGGUUAUUGACAAAAAGUUUGGUAAAUUAUUAACAGGAUUCGCCCGCAGUCGUCGUGGGUCUGAAUCGAAGUUAGGAUAUGGUAAUACUCAGUAUAAGAUUGAGAUAAAAAGUCUCCGUGUUUGGUCAGGAUGUUGGAAAGACGUGUGUAAAAUGUUUCCUUACCAGGAUGCUGCUAAGGUGGAGAGAGAUUUAUUAGAACAGAAUCCUGCGCUAGAGUGGAAUACAUACAAUGGUCAAGAUCGCAGUAGUGCCCUGGCAAUACCAUUGGUGUCUGACUUGGACAUAAAAUGCAUCGUAGCUCCGCCCAUCUCACUGCAUACCUCAGUUAAAUCACGACAUUGGAGUAAGCCUAUAAUUGGUUUGUCAUUAGAAAUCAAUCUUAUCACUGAUGUUGAAUGUUUCAUCAGCAAAAGUCAGGUUAAACUAAUGCAGAUCAUUAUGGAAGAAAACAUAAUGAACAGCGGCUUGGGCAGCGAUGAUGUCAUUUGUGAUGUUACAACGCCUGGACAUAGUGAUCCUAACACAAGCAGUGCUCUUUACCAUCGGUCAGAAGUAGAAAUAUCACAGGAGAAACUUGACAGUGGUGUUUGCAGUGAGCAUUCAAACCGAACCCGCUAUGUGACGAAGUUACGUAAUAAAAAGCCCGACGUUCAACAGAUGGAAUGCCUGUUUACCGCCAGAGGAAUUUCCAUGUUUGUGUAUGAACAUUCUACGAAUGAGGAAUCCCGCCCGCAGUUGGUUCCAAUUGUUCGUGUUUCCCUGAUUCAACCUGCCUUUAACUCUUCCAGACGAGCAGACUGUGACACCAUUCAAAUAUCAUGUUUCGAUGUAUCUUUUGCCCAAUGUAAAUCACACGCGAGAAAUAUAGAUGACACUCGGUUGGUGCCAUCAUUAGAAGACUAUGACGUCGUUUGGUUUCGUACUGGUGAUGGCAGUCCAGAUAAACGUACUGAGCUCUCACCUGCUUUCAUCACAUUUACGACAAAAUUGUAUCCAACUUCGCCUGCUGAUCUCAAGUUAGAUUUUGGCAGGCCGAUCUGGAUUGAUAUUGAUGUUGGUCUGCUGGAGAAACUGAUCAAUUUCACUACUGACGUCAAUAUGCAAAGCACAACACUGGAUAGUGAUGAGCAGUCCAGUUCCGCAGAUCCUUUGACUCUGGUCCGUUCUGUAGCAGUAUCAACGGAUUAUGUUUCCCUCAUCUUAACUGCUGGCCAAGACAGAAAGUUUGAUCCUGCUCUUCAAAUAUCGUGUUUGUCAAUGAAUUUCGGGGUUAGUCUGAAAUCUGAUAACAGAAAAGAUUUUUGUCAACGUGUCGCUGGCAAUCUCCACUUCUUUGCUCUCACCGUGUCGUCAAGUAUCGACGAUAAACAACGGUCAAUUCUUCUACCUUUUGAUUCAUCCGUUGAUAUGGAAUUGUUCUGUAAUUCCCCGUCAAUUUCUAAGGAUGCAUCCUGUGGUUCAAUGGUGAAGGAAAUCUUUGUGUGGAUGGAUUCAGGCUUACUGGAGCUUAAUUUUGGUCAAGAACAUCUCAAAUGCCUGCAAAUGUUUACAGAAAAUAUCAUGGCGUUCGUAAACUCUCAUUUGCAAGGAAAUCGUCAUGAAGCUGCUGAUUGUACUGACACGUGUCCAGGUUCUACGCCAUUCAUUCACCGUUCUCAGGAUGACCUGCGAACAGGCCCAUUUAAGUAUAUCACGUCAGCAGCUCCUGAUGCUCGCCCUAAUCCCUACGAGAUUGUAUUCCGUGAGGAAGAUCUACCUACAAUGACUUGGCGGUAUCCAGAACCACGUGCGCUAUCUUCCAUUCAUAUCAUCCCAAUUCCUUUCACAACUUUUACUAGUUACCCCAGUCCUGUCAUGGAGGAAGACCGCCUGUUGCCAUGUAUUCUACGUUAUUGGGACAACGUUCAAAAAUCGUACGUAGAACAUUCAACAUUUUACAUCUCAGAAACUACAUCAACCGACGUCACCUUGUGUAAUCCUAUGACUGGUCCGCUGUCCGAGGUGACCGCGGCCUCAGAAUGGCAAGUGGUGGCGAAUAUUGCUAUGACAAGUGACGACAGUGAAUUGUCAAGUGAUGACGACGAGUCUAUGUUCUCUGAGCGGUCUAAUAUUCCCUCUCCAAUAUCAGCAGCAUCACUAGCUGCUUGUAUGAAAGUUGAUUCAAUAUUUUGUACAAACCUCGUCCCCAAAUUGUCACUAGCAGCUACGGUUAACGUCGUGCAGUUAACUAUCUUUAAUCACAUGGAAAAUGCCCAUAAUGCCAUUGCUGAAAAGUUUAAAGGAUUCUCUCUGCAAGAUGAGGUCCCCAAAUCUCAAGAAUUUCUCCGCAUUGUGGCAGAAAAUUCAACCAUCAUUAUAAAAUCAUGGCCAACCAACACCUUGCAAUGUUCAGUCUGGAGCAAUCUUCAUGCUGACGCACUAAACUAUCGUGAGCUGAGAUGGAAACCUCUGUUAAACCCUGUAAAUUUCACGGGUGCUUUUGUCAGGAACCAAAUUACACAGGUAGAAAGCGCGCGAUUCACUGAAAAUUCUGGUGAUUGUUCUUUUGAUAUAAGCUUUGGUGAUAUUAUUUUGGAUGUCAGUCAGACCAUGAUUCAUACAUUGUCUGGGGGAAUCCAAGCUUGGCAAGAUGGCGAACAUCCUCCCGUCUUGAGUCACUUCAUCAUUUGCAAUAACACAAAUCUCCCGAUCAAAUUUGGACAGGAUGGUACAGACGAAAUUAUACUCCUUGGAAGUAAAGAAUUAACAUUUUACAGUUGGUUAACACGAAACGAUUUAUGUCAUCAAAAGUUACAUCUAAAUCUCGACGGGGAGAACCGCUGGUCUGAAGCAUUUGGUAUCGAUACUCCAGGAGUUACUAACCGUGUGGUGCAGUAUAGUUUACACACAGCCACUGUGAUUAUUGAAGUUAAGAAGUUGUCUGGUUUACAGAGACAGGUUGUAUUUCACAGCAGUCAUAAAGUUCAAAACAAUACAUCAUAUGAUAUUGAAGUACAACUUCUUCAAAACCCAGCGUUAACUCAAGCAACGAGUCCGUCUCUUCAGAUCCUUCACAAUAUUAUGAUUACGUCCCAGUCCUCAUCGCCUUCUUACGUCAUCUCUCAUGGUGGUUUGGCGGGAAUACGUGUAAGAUUACGUGGUGAGACGACAUGGUCAGGAACUCUACCUAUUGAAGACCAGAUACCAAAUUUCAGACAGCAUUGUGUUGUACAGAUGUUAGGAACAAAAGAGUUCAAGAACUUCUAUGUUUGGUAUAACGCCGUUUAUGUUGAUGAACUCAUUGGACAGAUAGAGAUUUCAUUUUCACCAUUAUUUAUUAUCAAAAACUACCUUCCUCAAACCAUUCAACUGACUGCCUUGUCGGCUACUGGUGACGUCACUGUUACCCAUGAUGCGCCGGGAGAAGCUCAUGAAUAUCAAUUGUUCGAUCUUCCACCCGACUCGUGGCAUUACGUCACCUUUAAACUACCACAAGCAAAGGUCUCCUCUAAUCCCUCAGUACCCCUAAAUACAACCCUUCAUGAACUGACGGAAAAAGUAAAGCAGAGCAAUGAGAGUAACGAUUUGACGCAUUCAAAAUGGCCGUAUACAUCUAACUCCUGGAGAAUCUCGACCGACUCGUAUUCAAAACCCGUGGAAUCCACACUGUUCCGUCACGUUAAAUCAUCUCAAGAACACAAACCCUCGGAAGAAGAAUCAAACGACAGUCACACAGCAUGUGUAGAAUUACAGUGUCAAAUUCUUAGCAAAUGGAGCAAUCUACGUAGCAUUAUUUUGGAGGUGAAGCCUUGGAGUUUGCUUGAAAAUAAAUGUUGUAUUACAAUGUAUCUAAGAGAAGAAGCUAAAGAAGGUGUUUAUGACGUAAAACCUGGGCAAGUGAUUUCCCCUGUCAAACUCAAGUCCUUCCGUGUCGGAGUCUCACCUCGGUGGCUAAAUGAAAUAUAUUGGUCUGAUAUUAUAUCCCUUGUGGACACCAAUCACCCUCAGGCGAUGAUCAGUGGGUGCUCCCUCAGACAGUAUGGUCAGUUGAAAUGUCAGAUAAGUAUUCCUAGCCCGUCAGGCAGAAUGUUGUGUUCAGUAAUGCUGACGUCAUCUAUAGCCAAAGGUAUCAGGGUUGUAACCUUACAAGAAACCACUCGGCUAGUGUGUACAGCUCUGCCCAGACCUCUUCUAGUUCAACCUGUUGUGAUUCAUGACGUGACCGUCAAGUUGAAGGAAGCUUCUUUCAGCGCUCAUACACGAAUGACCUUAAACACAGAAAAUCAAUCCGACAUUGCGUCUCAAGGCAUCCCAUUUUGGGACUUAUCUUCUGACAAAGACUUACCAGAAACCAGUUCCAAUGACCCGCUCUUUGUGCUUAUAUUUGGCUUACCUAAAUCACAGGAAGGACUCAAUGAAUCAUCUGCUGUGAUACAGUGGAGUCGCCCGGUCAGAAUACAACAAGGCAUCGUAAGACAAUGCGUAUUUCUUCAAACCUCAGAACCAGGCCCUCUUCUCCCUGUAGUCGUGAUAACGCUUAUUGAAAACGGUUUAAUUAAAGUCGUCGUAACUGAAGACAAAGUUCCCCGGAUAUUACUAACCAAUCAGUGUACAUCUCCGAUACAGUUCGGACAGUGCCCCAGUAAUUCAGACAAACAAAGUGCCAAAAGUACAACAUUAUCUGGACGCGAUCUUGUUGUUUCUGAACAUUUAGAACAAUACACCACUAUUCCGCGUCUAGAUUGCAAUUCCUCUGUUUACUAUGAACCACCAGAACUCAGGGAGAGUUUCUUAACAAAGAAACCUCAAAUAGUUCCGAAAAUACGCGUGCAAGUUUUGAAACAGACAGAUAUAAAGGAAAUAAGCGGCGAAAGAAAAGAUGAAACACGAACAAAAACUAUUUCCUUGCCUCAGGGUUGGAGCGAAGCUUUAGAUCUCACCAGUGAAGGGAAGAUGGCGUAUAUUCUGCCAGGAGACUACAGGUUGCAUGUCCAAGUGGUGAAGAAAACAUCGUCUUUGACUCAUGUUGUCUUUUCAGAUACUUGUCGUGUGUCGGAAUGCAACGACACAUUACCACAAGACGAAGUGAAGAUAAACUGCAAUGUGGCUAACUUUAGUUUAUGUCUACAAGAUGAAUCCUUGUUGGUGGCAACAACUGAAGUAUUUCGUAUCAGCCUUGAAGAUCUCACACUUUCGGCAUUGAUUGAUGACACUCAACAAACUCACGUUGAACUAAACCUCUCUGGAAUGCAGAUCGAUAAUCAAAUGACGGACGAUUUCUAUCACUUUCCUGUCUUGUUAUUGCCGCUGGAAAAUGAAUCACGGAACACGAAGCGCAAGGAGAGACGAACGUUGAAACCGUUGCUAAAAAUCUGUCUGGAUUUUUCUUCCUCCAAGCAAGCAAUACGUGUACAUCUCUUGAGCAUUCAACUUGAACCUCUUUCCGUAUUUAUCGAAGAUACUUUUCUGUACAGGCUCGCAGGUAUGCUGGACUCGUUCAUUCUUCCUGAAUCUGGUCACCCAAAAGAACCUUGCGGGAGUAUCCAUACUUCCUCACAAUCUUCUCACACUCAGACGGCAAAUGACGACUUUCAAUUAAUUUCCAAGAAUAGUACGACGUCACACGACGAUAUCCAAGCAUUGACACUAGCAUCCGGUGUUAUUAGCCCAAUCCUGAUCGACCACAUUCGAGUCGAAUCUGUGUAUGUGCUAGUAACAUUCCACGCUUCUGUUAAACUGUUUGUAUCCGCCAAUCACACACCACUAUCGUUCUCAAAAUUUGAAAUGACGUCAUUGUUUACAGAACCAACAUUCUUAGCGCAACUACUAGCCGUACAUUAUGCUUACUCAGCAUUAAUGAAAGUCGGCUGGGUUGUCGGUUCACUUGACAUAAUUGGCAGUCCAGCUAGUUUCAUCCGAAGUUUCGGUCAGGGCAUAGCGGAUUUCUUUUACCUACCCUACGACGGGCUAACGCGUGGGCCAACUGCAUUCGUGACGGGGAUGACACGCGGUAUGUCCUCGUUUAUGUCGCACAUCUCUGCUGGAGCACUUUCUUCGAUCACUAAUCUCGCGUCCAGUCUUGCGCGGAAUAUGGAUAGACUGAGCUUUGAUGAACAAUAUGUGAGAUUUCAGGAGCAGCAAAGAGCUGACGGUGUUCCAAGAAGAGUUAUUUCAGGCUUUACUCACGGUGUGUCUGGAUUCAUGAUUAGUGUAUUGGGGGCAGUGGCUGGAAUGGCUGAUCAACCCUUACAGGGGUUGUUCGGUGCAGAAAGUGUCCGUGAUGUGACCAGCGGUUUCAUAAUUGGAGUUGGAAAAGGUCUGAUUGGUGUUGUCACCAAACCUCUGGGUGGAGCAAUGGAGCUUCUCUCUCAAACAGGUCAGGGUAUUCUGGAGGGAACUGGAUUAGGAGAAAUGCCAGUGAGAUUGUAUGACCCUUUGGACAGAGGAGAAGAUUCAGGAAAUAAUUGUAAUCUUAAAUAUCUUUGGAAGUUCCUGCGAUCAGAAACCUCAGAUGAUAUUUUUUGUGCGGUUAUUGUCAGCGUAUUGAGCAAUGGAAACUCGCAUUUUGAUGCAAUUCUCAUCAUGUCUUGUAACUCUAUAAUGUUCGUCGAUCCAGACGAUGAAACGAUAUUGCUAACGUUUGUCUUGAAGCAAGUUGACAUGCGCGAAGACCCAGGACACCAACGUGCUAUCAUCAUGGAGCAUCGUGGGCCUGGAGCUGACACUCUGAGUGAAGUGUCAAGCUUUGCAGAACUCAGUCCAUCAAACGCUAGCUUGCCUCGUGAUGUCACUAAUGGAAACUCCCGCUUAUCUUUCUCAGAGAACGAAGCGACAAUUUUGACGUUAUUUAUGGAUCCUGUAUACCUGAGACCCCUACUCAGUAGAUUUAAAUUAUUGAAGUUUGGUUAUUACAGAAUAUCAUAACCACACCACAACAAGCUUUGCAAUUGGUAAUUCUCAAGUUACAGUAAGAGAACUCACUGUUCACAGUGAGGCUUGGCAAUGCAUAAUGGGCCUGUUUUAGAGAGCUUUUUCUUCCGUCCAAAAAACCAUCUUAUGGUACACUACCAAUCUCGUUGCAUUUCAAAAUGGCGAUUGAAUCAGAAUUUGUCAUUUUAAAUCACACCCUCUAGUUUUUCUGUCAUUUGCAAAAUGAAAUGCCUCCACAAAAAUUUGCUCCGCUUUGCCCUCCAAUUGUUUGAUACGUUUCGUCUACUCUCUUUGCCCAACACGCACCAUGUUUGUCAUUGUUUGCACUUAAAGAACCCUUUAUUCCAGUCAACACCUGAGUUUCUCGGUUUAUAUAACUGGGGCUGGUUGUAUCACUCACUAUGAGGUGGAUAGCGUUAUCCUUCGUAAAACUGCAUCGCCCAUGAUUUCAAAGGGAAUUUUCCCUCACAAAUUCAAACAUUGCGGGUGAAAAGUUCAUUGGGGCAAAAUUUUAAACAAUCCACUUUAACUUUCGCAAAAUUAUAUUUUCUCUUAUUCUAAGCCAAAUACCUUUUUGUAUUAAAUACCCAAAUAUUUUUGUAUGAAACGGUGCUACAAUAAUAUUUCUGACAGUUUCUUUCAGUUGUUUCUUUCAGUGCCAAAAUGUGUAAAUCACCUAUCAUCUCUUACA